AGCGGGCCUGCAUCAAUCAACACAAUGACAAUAUUGCCCUUUAGUCCCGACUUGUGGAUUUUAUUUAUUUUGAAAGGAAACGGGUUAACUAACUGCCCGCUCGUUUCUCUCUUCGCGUCUCUUCACUCCCUCACGAUUCAUCAUCUUCUUCGUAUUCAAUUUGAUUAGAGUUUUAAAAAGUUUCAGAGAUCUAUACGCUUCCAUUGAAGAUCUUUGAUUGUUGUCUCUAUUGCCAUGAGUACCGCCAAGAAGAAGGGUUCCGAUCAGAAUCAAAAAAGUAAAGGGCUCAUAAAGUUCUCGAAGAAGAUUUCUGAAUCUGAGGAAUUGAACUUCAUAAAGCGCAAUAUAUACCUGAAUAAGAAGUUCAACAAGAAGGUUAAAGAUCAUGGCAUCUUCUGUUCUUGCUCUGUCUCUCCAUCCUCUUCAACUCUCUGUGGCAGUGACUGCAGUUGUGGGAUACUACUCUCUAGCUGUUCAUCUAGUUGCCAGUGCAGAUGUCAGUGCACUAACAAGCCGUUCCAACAAAGACAUAUCAAGAAGAUGAAACUAGUUCAGACAGAGAAGUGUGGAUAUGGGAUUGUAGCAGAUGAAGAUAUCAACGCAGGAGAGUUUAUCAUCGAAUAUGUUGGGGAAGUUAUUGACGAAAAGACUUGUGAAGAAAGACUUAUGAAGCUGAAGCAUAAGGACGUGACAAAUUUCUACUUGUGUCAGAUAAACGGGAACAUGUUGAUUGAUGCUACAUACAAGGGGAAUAAAUCAAGAUUUAUAAAUCACAGUUGCAAUCCUAAUGCAGAGAUGCAGAAAUGGAUAAUUGAUGGAGAGACAAGGAUUGGCAUCUUUGCGACCCGUUACAUAAACAGAGGAGAGCAUUUGACCUACGAUUACCAGUUUGUUCAGUUUGGUGCAGAUCAAGAUUGCUACUGUGGUGCAGCGUGUUGCAGGAAAAAGCUAGGUGCAAAAGCUUGCAAAGCUAAGAGCGUACCCUCUGAUGAAGCUGUGAACCUAACGGCAUGUAAAGCAGUGACCUGGAAACCACCCAAGGUUAAAAAGACUCGAGGUAGACACUCCCCCGGACAAUCUAGGAACACUCAUGGCCAAAGGAAAAUAUGUUGCCCGAACUGCAUUGGUGUGGUAAUCAUGUUGGCACGUUCCACAAACCAGACGUGUUUCGGCAUCAUUAGAGAGUUUGAUGAGUGUUCAAGAAAGCAUUUGGUCAUGUACGAGGAUGGUGUUACUGAGACCAUCGACUUGUCCAGAGAAGUUUGGAAGCUCAUAGAUGUUUGAUAUUUGCUUCAGCCUACGUUCUGAUUCAUUCCAUUCUUUUACCUUUUAGUUUCUCAUGAAUUGUUGAAAAUUGUCGUUAACCGGGGUGUAUGUGCUAUAGUAACCAACCAAACCGUCUCGGUUGGCAAAGGAUGUGUGUAAUGUAGACUUUGUUGUUGUACCAACUCGAAUCAUUGUGUGUGAAAUAUUUUUUGGACAAGUGGUUUUGAUGUUAAGACCAGAGGGGUUUGGUUAUUUGAGGACCAUAACCAAUUACCGGUUUGUUCUGUUCGCAAGUCCAGCUAUUUAUUAAAUGAAAUAAAUAAGCGCACGUGUGGGCAAGCAGCGUUGGUAGAUUAGUAUUCGUUGUAGCAAUUAACACCCACGCGCCGGUGAACGACAUGGGAUUGGCUUCCGGUGGUAGGUGAUGUGGGGCCUUAAUCUCACCAACCUUAGCUGAACAGUUUAGAAAUUUAUAAGCUUAAUUAUAUGUUUAGUUUUUGCAUAAAACAUGCAUUUAAGAUUUAA